AUUUGAUUAAAUUUUCACUAGAGUGUUUGUUUGUUGUCAGAUUUGUUCGGAUUUUUGGGGCGCUCUGAAACGCUUUCAUUUUCGCAUAAUUUUGUGGAUUUUGCCGUAAUUUUGUUUCGAAAUCUGUUCACGCCGCUUUUGCCGAGAUGGAUUUCCAGAACCGGCCUGGUGGGAAAACCGGUGGCGGAGGGGUAGCUUCGUGGUCCGAAAGCAAUCGAGAUCGGCGGGAGCGUCUCCGGCAGCUGGCGCUGGAGACAAUCGACCUCAAUAAGGAUCCCUACUUUAUGAAAAACCAUUUAGGAUCCUACGAAUGUAAGCUUUGUCUGACACUGCACAACAAUGAGGGAAGCUACCUGGCCCAUACCCAAGGUAAGAAGCAUCAGGCCAAUCUGGCUCGACGUGCUGCCAAGGAGGCCAAAGAGGCCCCUUCGAGUAUGCAACCGGAGAAGCCGAGAAUCGAACCGAAAAAGUUUGUUAAAAUCGGUCGUCCCGGUUAUCGUGUGACGAAACAGAGGGACUCGGACAAUGGCCAACAAUCACUGCUGUUUCAAAUUGACUAUCCGGAAAUAACCGAUGGUAUAAUUCCGCGUCACCGUUUUAUGUCCGCAUACGAGCAAAAGAUCGAACCCCCGGAUCGCAAAUGGCAAUACUUGCUGUUCGCAGCAGAACCCUACGAAACGAUUGCGUUCAAAGUGCCCUCGCGGGAGGUCGAGAAGACGGAAGGCAAAUUCUGGACCCACUGGAACAAGGACACCAAACAAUUUUUCCUGCAAUUUUCGUUCAAACUUGAGCCGAAGAUCAUUCCACCCCCACCCCCCAAUAUGCGGAUGGCUGGACGUCCGAUGUUCAAUCCGGUUCCUCCGCCGCCUAUGGGUGUCGUUCCGGUACCUCCACAUAUGUAAGCAUUGAACCAGAAUAUACAGUACAUAAUUUUGACUCGUAAUUUGUAUGUCGAAAA